CGCGAGCUCACCACACAGGCGCGCGCAAGUCUGUUUGAAUUGUGCUGGACAUCGAGUGAACCGUUGAGCGGCGUCAUUAAGCUCGUGCGUUAGAUUUUCAGAUAACCGACGCACCAGCACGUAACGUUUCUCAGGGUUUGACUGACUGAAGACAAGUCACGGCUGUACGGACAUUGUAGAGUCAAGCGCUUUCCAACCCAUGUGGUUUAUCUAGUGUGCAGGGAGCGUGUGAUUAAUUAUAAACCGUUAAACAGUAACAUGGCCUCGGACGAGCUGUCAGCUAAGCUGAACCGGAGGAUGAAGAUAGAGGAGGGCGAGGAGGAGCCGCAAGCCGUGGACGAGGCUCAUGCGAACGGCGCGCACGAGAAAGCGGCUACGGCCAACGCCGACUCCGAGCUGGGAGCCAAACUGCAGCGGCGAGGCGAGCUGAACGAGGGAGUCGGCGAGCCCCAGCAGCACAGCAUGAAGGUGUUCAACCCGUACACCGAGUUCAAGGAGUUCUCCAGGAAGCAGAUUAAGGACAUGGAGAAAAUGUUUAAAGAAUAUGACUCUGGGAAGGAUAACUUCAUUGACCUGAUGGAACUAAAGCUGAUGAUGGAGAAGCUCGGUGCUCCACAGACUCAUAUGGGUCUGAAGAACAUGAUCAAAGAAGUGGACGAAGACUUGGACAACAAGCUAAACUUUAGAGAGUUUCUUCUGAUCUUCAGGAAGGCAGCAGCAGGGGAGCUGCCCGAGGACAGCGGGUUGGGAGUCUUGGCUCGUCUCUCUGAAAUUGACGUUUCCACUGAGGGUGUGAAAGGAGCAAAGUCUUUCUUUGAAGCCAAAGUACAUGCCAUUAACGAGUCAAACCGGUUUGAGGCAGAAAUCCGUAACGAGCAGGAGGAGAAGAAACGACAGGCAGAGGAGAAGAAACAGAGACAAGCAGCGUUCAAAAAUCUACAGUCGGCCUUCAAAUGACCACCUUCCUGUCCUGUUAGAGACCUGCUUUAACUGUCCUCGACUUCCUCAUCGUUUGUGUCUGUCUCCUGUUUGUCAGCACGCCAUAGCAGAGAUACUAUGCAACGCUUUAAGAGGUUUUCAUUUCAGGUUCACUUCCUUAAUGAGGGCUUUUUGUGUCAGUUUCAAGCAUAAAACUUUAAGUUGGAUGUUGAAGUGACUACUUAGAUCAUCUUUAUAUGUUUCUCUCUUGUUACACUGGACUGGAUGUAUCUUUAGCUAAAUUCGUUCUUCACCGAUAUAAUUUAACACACGUAUGUGCAUGCAUGCAAGAGCUUUCUAUUUCACGUCACUGUCAAAUUUUUCUUCAGUCAAAUAAGCGGCAUAGGGGUGAUUUAUCUCUUUUAAACAGGAUUUUUUUUAUUGUUUAAAACUGUUGGAUUAGAUCGGCACAUCCAGUCCAUUAUGUUCCUGUUGUAAAGUAAAGACUAGGUUUCAUGGUAUCCUUGCUAACUGGGUGAGUAAGGCGAUUAUUGUUAUUUACGUAAGCCUUACUUAAAAAAUGUCAGGAUUUUUUACACUGUGGCUUGCAAAGGUGUGUAAGAGCAUGCAUGUGAUGGUGUGUUUUGGUAGGACGGGUUUUAAUUUUAUUUCUUUUUCCUUUAGAAUGAUAACUGUGAUGCCUGACAAUCUUCCCCUUAAAUGGAUCUCUAACAUCAGCUUCUGUUGCUUUUUCAGAGUCUCUCUUACUUACACACUUUGCCCACAAGCAUUUCCAUUUUUGUGGAGCACUAAAUGCCUUUUACUAGUCAUUAAGUCUCAUUUAUUUUUGUAUAAUUGUUGCCAGUCCUUUUGAAAAAUGUGAUAUUUUCCCCACACACAAUCGUCAGUACUAACCUGAUUUGUACCAGACAUUUGUAUUCAUAGCUUGUUUACAUGUUUUAACUGAUGCUCAUAAUGGAGGAGGGAUAUAAGAGAUUAUAAGUAGUGCAGGCUUAAAUGAUCAUCUCCUCCUUUUAACUGCAUGCACUAACACUUUAGUGUCAGGUUCCAGUGUAUGUGCAUGCUGUGCUAUAGCCAGUACACAGCUUGAAGAAUCUGAAAAGGUGUCGAUCCUUUCUUUAAAAUAAAAUCUGCUGCUGGCAUGAAAAAUUGCUUACCCCUCUCAGUAAAGCUCAGUAGAUGGUGUUUUUAAUGUUUGUAUUUACAUUAACAUUGUGGCAAGUCAAUAUUUUUCUACAUGUGUGUAACAUCAGCCUGGAAAAUUUAUUUUAAAUAACAUUCAUUCUACAAAUGUUUUACCAUGGAGGAAAAGGGCACUUCGAUGUAGACAAAAUUGUCUGUUUCCAUUUAAAUGAUUUUAAAUCAUAGUUAAAUUUCAGUUCUAUGACAUUUAAACUUUUGUGAAUUACAGCACACUUCUGAACAGGUGAUCUGAGAGAGGUGUAAAAUAAAUGUAAUAUUUUUUUGCCAAAAAUAAAGUUAAAAUACAUUUAGUUUUGUAUGGUGAGGGGCCUUUUAAAAGCAUUUUUCAAAAUACUUUCUUAUUGUUCAGAAACUUGACUCCCUUAACAAUGUCAGCUGUUGAAGUGUUGUUCUGUGAUUAAAUGUGAGAUUUUUCUGUAUUUUAAUUUUUUUCUGCUAUGUAUCCUGUUAUAUUCAUGUUAAGUACAGUAUAUUUGGAGACACUGGCAGGAUGUGAUUUGUUUUAUGAACAAUCCAACAAAUAAACACAUGAAUAUGUUUCAUAGCUUUAUGUCUUCAAAUGUCGAGUGUUCUGUAGAUUAAAUGUGGAGUUUAAGUAA